GAUUCAAACCUUCUUCAUAGGCCGCUUGGCGCACAACUUUGCAUUUGCUGCGUCCGUUUGUUACGCUAGGUGCUUGGAGCUAUGGCCACAUCAGUGAAACUCAACACCGGGGCUCAAAUGCCCAUUUUGGGACUAGGAACGUGGAAGUCUCCUCCAGGAAAAGUGACCGAGGCAGUGAAAGCCGCCAUCACCACUGGAUACAGACACAUCGAUGGUGCGUUUGUUUACCAGAAUGAGAGGGAGGUUGGAGACGGAGUCAACGCCAUGAUCAAGGAUGGUGUGGUCAAGAGAGAGGACCUUUUCAUUGUCAGCAAGUUGUGGUGUACCUUCCAUGAAAAGCCACGUGUGCGCGAAGGUUGUGAGAAGACCCUUAGUGACCUAAAACUGGAUUACCUUGACCUCUAUUUAAUUCACUGGCCAAUGGGAUUCAAGUCAGGUGAUGAGCUCUUCCCAUUAGAUGAAGGCGGCGAGACCAUUUCUGACAACACUAGCUUCGUAGAAACCUGGGAGGCUAUGGAGGAGCUUGUUGAUGCUGGACUGGUCAAAGCUAUAGGAGUCUCAAACUUUAACAAGGAUCAAAUUGAAGCCAUUUUGAACAAACCAGGCCUCAAGCACAAGCCUGCAAACAACCAGGUGGAGUGCCAUCCUUACUUGAAUCAGCAGAAGUUGAUUGACUACUGCCAAUCAAAGGGCAUCUCUGUGACGGCUUACAGCCCCCUGGGUUCACCCGACAGACCCUGGGCUAAGCCAGAGGACCCCUCUCUCCUGGAGGACCCUAACAUUAAAGCCAUCGCAGAGAAGCACAAGAAAACAUCAGCUCAGAUCCUAAUCCGUUUCCACAUCCAAAGAAAUGUCAUUGUUAUUCCAAAGUCUAUCACUCCUCAGAGGAUUCAGGAGAAUUUUCAAGUGUUUGACUUUGAACUUAGUGAGGAAGAAAUGAAGACGAUUUUGGGAUUUCACCGCAACUGGAGAGUGUGUGCGAUGCAGUGGGCCACUAAGCACAAGGAUUAUCCAUUCAAUGCUGAAUUCUGAGACACUGCCUUACAGGGUGCUUGUGUUUUAGUUUUAUUGUUGUUACUGAUUGAUGCCGUUUCUCUCACUCCUUAGAAAGAAAAGGAAAAAAACACUUUAAUAUGUUGUUGCAAUCUUGUAUGUUACCCAAAAUAUAUAAGGUUAUUUUUUACAUAUGCUUUUAUGUACCGGUAAGUUACUGAAAAUAAUUUGUUUAUUAUACUUGGAAAUGAAAAUACAGCAUAGAAAGAAAAACGGUGUAAUAGUCAAAUUAUCGUGUUCUGAGUUCUGAUUAAACAUGCAGGCCAAGCUAUAUACUUGUACUAGCUUGGAGUUGUCCAAGCACUUCCCUUAGUUGUGUGUCAGUCAUGCUGUAUGUUUGAAGUCAUGUGUUGCCAUGUGCCUGGCAAUAAAAUGUUGGCGUUGACUUCUCG